UCGGGGGGCGGGGCGGGGCUCUGAGGGGCACCGUUCGAGACCCCGGCCGCCCGGGCUCCGGCGGCCCGGGAACCGGGAUAAGCGAGACGGCGGCCGCCGCGACUCGGGGUGCGGGGUGGAGCCUGCCCUGUAUUUUCUAUACGGGUUCCCGGGCUCGGUGGAGGCCCGCCGAGAGGAGAGGAAAAGUGCGGCGGCCCUGGAACCUGGAUAUCGCGCGAGAUUUGUGACGCAAAAGGAAAUCUAACCUCAGCUGUGGCUCCGGUGCUGGGAAGAAGCCAACUUCAUGUCUGAGUGCACAGGCAGGAGUUUGCCAUGGAGAGCUUGGGGCUGCAGCCGGUGACCCUCAGUGAUGGGACAAUGGCCUACGUCCAGCAAGCUGUCAAAGGAGACAAGCUUCUCGAGGGGCAAGUGAUCCAGCUCGAGGAUGGGACCACUGCGUACAUUCACCAAGUGACAGUGCAGAAAGAACCUCUUUCCUUUGAGGAUGGACAACCCGUGCAGCUGGAAGAUGGCAGCAUGGCCUACAUACACCGCACACCCAAAGAGGGCUAUGACCCCAGUGCCCUGGAAGCCGUGCAGCUGGAAGAUGGCUCCACCGCCUACAUUCACCACCCCGUGGCUGUGCCAUCAGACGGCGCCAUCCUGGCCGUGCAGACAGAGGUGGGGCUGGAGGACCUGGCCACAGAGGAUGAUGAGGGCUUCGGCGCGGACACAGUGGUGGCCCUGGAGCAGUACACCAGCAAGGUUCUGCAUGAGAGCCAGGCUCCUCAUAAUGGCAAAGGACAACAGGUUGGGGACAGAGCAUUCCGCUGUGGCUACAAGGGCUGUGGGCGUCUCUAUACCACCGCGCAUCACUUAAAGGUGCAUGAGAGAGCUCAUACCGGUGACCGUCCAUACAGGUGUGAUUUCCCCAGCUGCGGAAAGGCCUUUGCCACAGGAUAUGGGCUGAAGAGCCACAUGCGCACCCACACUGGUGAGAAGCCAUACAAGUGCCCAGAGGAGCUGUGCAGCAAGGCCUUCAAGACCUCAGGAGACUUGCAGAAGCACGUCCGGACCCACACUGGUGAACGCCCCUUCCGGUGCCCCUUCGAGGGCUGUGGCCGCUCCUUCACUACAUCUAACAUCCGCAAGGUACAUGUGCGCACCCACACAGGCGAGCGGCCCUACACCUGCCCCGAGCCCCACUGUGGCCGCGGCUUCACCAGCGCCACCAACUACAAGAAUCACGUGCGCAUCCACACAGGGGAGAAGCCAUACGUUUGCACGGUGCCAGGCUGCGGGAAGCGCUUCACCGAGUACUCGAGCCUGUAUAAGCACCACGUGGUGCACACACACUGCAAGCCCUACACCUGCAGCGCCUGCGGCAAGACCUACCGGCAGACCUCCACCCUGGCCAUGCACAAGCGCAGCGCCCACGGCGAGCUGGAGGCCACGGAGGAGAGCGAGCAGGCCCUUUACGAGCAGCAGCAGCUCGAGGCCGCCUCUGCAGCCGAGGAGAGCCCGCCACCCAAGCGGCCCCACAUUGCUUACGUGUCAGAGGUGAAGGAAGAGGGCGAUGACCUCCCUACCCAAGUGGCUAUGGUGACCGAGGAGGACGGGGCCCCCCAGGUGGCUCUAAUCACUCAGGAUGGUGCCCAGCAGGUCAGCCUGUCCCCAGAAGACCUGCAGGCCCUGGGGAGCGCCAUCAGUAUGGUGACCCAGCACGGCAGUACCACCCUCGCCAUCCCCAGUCACGACGAUGACCUUGCCACCUCUGGCGCACACACAGUCGCCAUGGUCAGCGCUGACGGCACCCAGACGCAGCCAGUCACAAUCAUCACCUCUGGGACUGUGGUGGCUGACGACUCAAGCGUAGCAUCCCUUCAUCAUCAACAGGUGGCACUGCUGGCCACAGCCAACGGAACUCACAUUGCGGUGCAGCUGGAGGCGCAGCAGACCUUAGAGGAGGCUAUCAGCGUGGCCACCGCUGCCAUGCAGCAGGGGGCGGCGACCCUGGAGACCGCAGAGUCGGAGAGCGGCUGCUGAGCCCGAGGGCUGCGUCCCACACCACACUGAAGGAGGUGCCGGGCUGCACAGGCAUCCUUGCCUCCAAGGGCCCAGGCUGUGGCUGACGUGCAGGUGGCCACAAAGGUCUCUGGGGCAAGAAGGCAGCAAGAAAACGGCUUGAAGGGCGCAGGAGCCCUGCCCCCAAGGAGGGCCAGGCAGCUGGAGUCAGGGAGUGCAUCAUCCUCAGGAGCUAAGGAGGACAAGCUUGAUCAGCAGGCUGCACUGGGGUGUCCUCCCCCCAGAAUCAGCUGAGCACCCUCUCUCCUCUCUAGAAAACACCCAUCCUGCCCUCGGUCCAUCCCCCUUCUCAGGUGGCGAUUGGGGCUGCUCUUGGGACUGGUCCUCUACUCCCAACUGGUCAUUGCCCACUCUGGGAGCAGUCAGACAGCUCUUGCGCCCAGUAGGGGCAGAGCGGGCCCAGCCCUGCCCCUCCCAGCAAUAAACACCUCCCCGGAGGCCAGUCGAGGUGUCUGGCCCCUUGGCAGCAGGGACUUUCUGCCACCACAGUCAGAGUCACUCAGGGGCCCAUGGCUGGAGAUAGGUGCCCAGCCCCACGCCCACCCCAGCUGCUCCCCAGCCUCUCUGCAGCUGUGGCAGAGGCCAGGAACGACCUUGUACAUACUGGGGAUUGGGUGUAAUUUGUUUUAUUUUUUUUAAUUCCAUUUUGAUAAUUUUUUUUCCUGCUCUGGAUGGUGGUGGCAAAUGGGUGAAUGAGUAUUUAAUAAAAGUUCCAAGUUUC